AUGCCUUCACUCGACUUGUUGCCAGUACACUCGUCUCCCUCUGCUGAGAGCAAUGCUAUCUAUGAAGACUCGGCAAGCUCAGAGGGUCUUCCCACGCCAUUGGAUGUACCGUCGAGAAACCUGCACUUUAUGGACCACUCUGCCGACGCUCCACUUUCCAUCGACAUUCCAAAUAAAACCGUUCCGCCCCUCAUAGGCACUCCGUUCAUUACCGACUCUGCUUCACUAUUCGAGUACCCAUUCCCACCAUCCUCUUCACGGCCUCCGCUUUCCACUACAUCUUCUUCCUCAUCAGUCACGUCGAUCCCAGGCCCACCUGCAUCCGUAGCACUCGACAAGCACAUUCCACACGUCUUUGCACGUCUCAGCAACAGGGUUGGAUCUCCGGGACAUCGGCGGACAUCCAGCCACGGCGGACUAUCUCCAAUUCCAAUCCCACCCCGGCUUCGCAAACUUAGCGGCCGCAAAGUAGACGAAUCGACCCCGACGGAGCACGAUAUUCCGACGCCUCGCUUCGAUCCAUCGCCCUGCCCCGAUAACGAAUAUCCUAUUUCCAAGGGAUGUGCUACGGAAGCCUUGCCUAGUCGCGAUACCGUCGCUGUUGCUCAGGAUCGUUUGACUGAAACUUGCACCGACUCCACGUCCGCGAUCGGGCUCGUAUUACCAUCAACUGCGGGCGCGUGUGCAGAGACGAUCCCGAUUUCUGGCCGGCGCCGAAGUAUGCCGGCUGUGCUGUCCGAUCCGAACCAGGACGACACCGGCUACGCCCCCUCGUGCUCAAACCGGGGAAACACAGAGCGAAACGUCCGGCUGGGAUUCUAA